AUUAUAAAAAAAGGGAAAAAAAAACCCCCAAAAAAAGAGAGGGGGGGAGGUAAAAAAGAAGCCCCCCCCCGAGCCCAGCUCCCGGCCCGGCUGUGAGGCGGCAGAGCGCGGCCGGAGCCCGACGGCGCGGGCGCACGGUGGAGCCCCCCCGGGAGCCGCGCUCCGAGCCCCGGCGUGCCGCCCCCGCUGCCGCCCGCCCGCCGCCCCCCGCCGCCACCAUGAACAAGCUAUACAUCGGGAACCUAAACGAGAACGUGACUCCGGCCGACUUGGAGAAAGUCUUCAACGACCACAAGAUCUCCUUCAGCGGGCAGUUCCUGGUCAAGUCCGGCUAUGCCUUUGUGGACUGCCCCGACGAGCAGUGGGCCAUGAAAGCCAUCGAAACUUUCUCGGGGAAAGUGGAGCUUCAUGGAAAACAGCUAGAGAUUGAACAUUCAGUACCUAAAAAGCAAAGGAGCCGGAAAAUUCAAAUCCGAAACAUCCCACCCCAGCUGCGAUGGGAGGUUCUGGAUGGUUUGCUAGCCCAGUAUGGCACUGUAGAAAACUGCGAGCAAGUGAACACAGACAGCGAGACCGCCGUUGUCAACGUCACCUACGCCAACCGGGAGCAGACCAGGCAAGCCAUCAUGAAGCUGAACGGGCACCAGCUGGAGAACCAUGCGCUGAAGGUCUCCUACAUCCCCGACGAGCAGUCCAUGCAAGGGCCGGAGAACGGACGGCGGGGCGGCUUCGGGGCGCGCGGUGCUCCCAGGCAAGGCUCCCCCGUCACCGCGGGGGCACCGGUCAAGCAGCAGCCGGUGGAUAUCCCCCUCCGCCUCCUGGUGCCCACCCAGUACGUGGGUGCCAUCAUCGGCAAGGAAGGGGCCACCAUCAGGAACAUCACCAAGCAGACGCAGUCCAAGAUCGACGUGCACCGGAAAGAAAACGCGGGAGCUGCAGAAAAAGCCAUCAGCGUCCACUCCACCCCCGAGGGCUGCUCCGCUGCCUGCAAGAUGAUUUUGGAGAUCAUGCAGAAGGAGGCGAAGGACACCAAGACAGCUGAUGAAGUGCCUCUGAAAAUCUUGGCCCAUAACAACUUUGUGGGGCGCCUGAUCGGCAAAGAAGGGCGAAACUUGAAGAAAGUGGAGCAGGACACGGAGACAAAAAUCACCAUCUCAUCCUUGCAGGACUUGACACUGUACAACCCCGAAAGGACCAUCACGGUGAAGGGCUCCAUCGAGAACUGCUGCAAAGCGGAGCAGGAGAUCAUGAAGAAAGUGAGGGAAGCCUACGAGAACGACGUGGCCGCCAUGAGCCUGCAAUCUCACCUCAUCCCUGGCCUCAACCUGGCUGCGGUUGGCCUCUUCCCUGCCUCCUCCAACGCAGUACCUCCUCCGCCGAGCAGCGUCUCCGGGGCCGCGCCGUACAGCUCCUUCAUGCCUCCGGAGCAGGAGACGGUGCACGUCUUCAUCCCCGCGCAGGCGGUCGGCGCCAUCAUCGGCAAGAAGGGCCAGCACAUCAAGCAGCUCUCCCGGUUCGCAAGUGCCUCUAUCAAGAUUGCCCCUCCGGAGACGCCGGACUCCAAAGUGCGCAUGGUCGUCAUCACGGGCCCUCCGGAAGCUCAGUUCAAGGCGCAAGGCAGGAUUUACGGGAAGCUGAAGGAGGAGAACUUCUUUGGACCGAAGGAAGAAGUGAAGCUGGAGACGCACAUCCGGGUCCCCGCCUCGGCCGCGGGCAGGGUCAUCGGCAAAGGGGGCAAAACCGUCAAUGAGCUGCAGAACCUGACGGCAGCGGAGGUGGUGGUGCCGCGGGACCAGACCCCCGACGAGAACGAGCAGGUCAUCGUGAAGAUCAUCGGGCACUUCUACGCCAGCCAGAUGGCUCAGCGCAAGAUCCGAGACAUCCUGGCGCAGGUGAAGCAGCAGCACCAGAAGGGACAGAGCGGCCAGACGCAAGCGCGGAGGAAAUAAGAGCAGCACCGACACCAACGUGAAAAGCGGAACAAGCCAAUGCCGGGCUUAAGAGUGGCUGGGAAUCAGUUACCGUAGACAGAUGCUAAUUUUUUCAUUAACCGAUCGAGAUUAAAAGGCAGUUUGAUUGGCUUCCAAGGUAGAUGGCUAGGGUAAAAAAAAAAAAAAAAAGAAAAAAGAAAAUAAUAAUAAUAAUAAUUGGAUCCGUUUUUAGCUCCACGUGCCAGGACAGCUACUUAAAUGAAGCGAGAGGUGCUACAACGCGCCGCGCCAACCGGCCGCUCUGCCGAAGCCGGCGCGGCGCCGGGUGCCCGGGGACGACGGUGUGGCGAAGCUGCAGCCGCCGCGGUGCUGGGUCCCCUCUCGCGGGUGCAGCGUUUGCCCCCUCAUUUAAGUAGCCUUUGGAGGUCCCGUCCCAGCCGGGGCACCCGGCGGCUGCGCCUCCCUGACCCCUCGCUCCCUCCCUCCCUCCCUCCCCGCGGCUGGUGGAUAUUCCCCGAGCGAUGUUAAGCCUUUUGGAGCAUUUAAUUCUGAUUUUUUUUUUUUUUCCCUAUUUGGAUUUUUUUUUUUUUUUAAAAAGAAAAACUCCAGUGGAUUUUUACCAUCCCCAGUUGGU